UGAACGGGCUCUGCGUUCAGUUCGAUUUGAGCACUCGACGCGAACGCGACGGCCCCUGACGGGAAAGAUAUUAAGAAGAACCUUGUAGCGAAGGACUCCCAGCUAGAAUCGAGCGUAAUGUCAACGGCCUUCCUCGUGGACAGUCUCCUGCAUGCCCAGCAGACAUACACGGAGAGCCAGCUGAAGUCCAGCCUGAGUGAGAUGCUCCUGUCCCGUCGUGCCGGGGAGUCGACCGCGGAGCAGGCGGCGGAGUCGGUAUCCCCCGCGGAGCAGCGGCCGGACAGCUGCAGCUGCUCGAAACGAGGCUACAAGUGUGAUAAGUGCCGUGCCGAUCACCGGGACGAUCACCGGGCCGACCACCGGGCCGAGAGUGUCGACAGCAUCGAGGAGAUGGACGACGAUGAAGACUCAUCGGCAGAUGAGAUCGUGGCCGACAUUGAGGAGGAGCCGCACAUGGAUGACGAAGAAAUGGAUGAUGAGGAGGUACAGGCAAUCAAAUUGCCCAAGGUGGAGCCCAAGGAGACCACCAUCCCAGCGACAGCCACCACCACCAUCCUAAAGGAUAACAACAGCAAACCCAUUCUCAAGUUCAGUGUCAGCGCCAUCCUGGGCGAUACCCGGGAGGGAGUCCGCGUUAGGAAUGAAUUCAUGCAACCGCAGCAUAUAUGGCCUUAUCUACAACAAAACUUUAUGCAACAACACACCCAUCAAUAUCACCAACACCAUCAGCAGCAGCAGCAGCAGCAACAGCAGCAGCAUCCACAGUUGCAAGUGCCAACGCAUGCACAUCCGCAUCACCAUCAGCCGCAUCAUCACCAUCAUGGGCCUGGGCAUGCCCAUUUUCCACAUCCCGCAUUUCUAACGCAUCAACUGGCGGGGCAUCAGCAGCAUCCACAUCCACAGCAUCCACAGCACCACCAGCAGCAUCCUCAUCCCCAUCCGCACCCACACCCACAGCAGCAGCAGCAGCAGCAUCCUGGCAAUAGUUGUCAACCGCAAACCGCAGCUACGACGGCCGCAUCCUCGUCGUCGUCACCUGGCAGCACAAUUAGCGAUAGCGACAACAAUCACAGCACCAGUAGCAAUGGCCAGAGCCAGAGCAACUCUGGCCAGGAUGGGCGACCGCAUGGGGAGAUGGGCAAUGCAAAUGGAGACGAGGACAACGGCAAUCGAAGAUUAACGCAAGAAAAGCAGCAGCAACUGUUAACCGGUCAAGCCGGUGGUGGGGGUAACCCUGGACACGGUGGCCUUCCAACACCACCGCCACCACUCCCGCAAGCGAUUCAUCCAGUGAUUGCCAAACCCAUGCCCAGCCGACCGACCCCAUUUCUGCCUCACACCCUCAACCAUCCGCACUUGCACUCGCUGCUGGCGCACUGCCGCAAUCCCUACAUGAGUGUUGGCGCCCAAGUGUUUCCCCUGCCGCCGGGCCAGGGCUUCCCCUGGGCCCAUUCGACGCGUGGCAAGCCCCGACGUGGCAUGAUGCGACGUGCCGUCUUCUCAGACUCCCAGAGAAAGGGGCUGGAGAAGCGCUUCCAGCAGCAGAAAUACAUCAGCAAGCCGGAUCGCAAGAAGCUGGCCGAAAGACUGGGCCUAAAGGACUCUCAGGUGAAAAUUUGGUUUCAGAAUCGCCGGAUGAAGUGGCGCAACUCCAAGGAGCGCGAGCUGCUGGCCAGCGGCGGUUCCCGCGACCAGACGCUGCCCAACAAGAACAAUCCCAAUCCGGAUCUGUCCGAUGCCAAGUGCGAUCGACCCCUCACACCGAUUUCCCCCUCCCUGCUCUCGCCCAAUGGCAGUGUCACACCCCCGCCCGGUGCCAUUGCCAAGGAUGAACCGCCGCCGGCUGCUGUCACACCCAAAUCACCGCAGUCCGUCAGCAGCAGGAGCUCUCCGUGUCAUCCGUCGGCGGGAUAUGGAAUGCAAAUGAGCUCGCCGCCCCCACUGCUCACCAGCCUCAAGAUGAGCGAUCAGUCGGGCACGCCCACACCCACGGGAGGAUCGGGUGGAGCAGCCACAACGGUUUCAUCGGCUGCCUCUUCGCCUCCGGGGGCGAGCAGUGCGGCAGAGUUUCAGGCCAAGAUCAAUGCUGAGAUGCAGAAGCAGCUGGUGGCCGCCGAUCUUAAGUUCAAGUUGGAGAACAGCAUCCAGGAGGCGAAGCAGCGGCGGUUCGAGCAACUGCAGCAGCAGCUCCAUCACUCGCCCCACUUCACGGCAAUGCGAGAGGUGGAGCUGGCGGCCGCCGCAGCAGCCGCACAGCUGCAUCACCAUCACCAGCAGCAGCAGCAACAGCAGCAGCAACAACAGCAGCAGCAGCAACAGCAACAACAACAACAACAGCAGCAACAGGGAUCAGAGUUCAUGAAGCUGUACUACGACGACUACGAUGACUCCAACUCCGAUAGCGAUGAGGAGAUCAGUGUGACGUGAUUCGGUGGACGGAUCACUGUAAAUAUACAAUACAUAUAAUAUAUAAUUGUAAAUUUAUUGAUGCAUUGAAAUUAUAGUAUUUAAUAUAUGUAUAAUAUUUUUUUUUGAAUCUAAAUAACG